AUGGGGUCACCAUGGAAACCACUUCUCCUGCUGUCAAUUAUCAGUGGCCUGGCAGACUUUGUCAGAGCUGUAGCCGUGAGACCGGUGUCCUAUGCGGCCGUGUUAAGAUUGAAGCCGGACAGCUCCUCUUCUACACUGUUGAGCCCCAGGUUAAGGCUGAGGGAUUCUUUUGUUCCAGAAUGGCCUCCAUUCUCUAGGCAAAGGCUAUCAGCUGUCAGCUCUCUGGAAGACUAUCUGAGUGAAGAAAGUGAUGAGUUCGGACCAGUCUUCAUUCAGGAGCCUGAUGACCUGAUUUUUUCACUAGACUUAGAAGAUAAGAAAGUCAAAAUGAGCUGUGAAGCAAAAGGAAAUCCUGCUCCCACAUACAGUUGGUUAAUCAAUGGAACAAAUCUUGACACAAAAGCAGAUUCACGCUACAGCUUGAUUGAUGGAAACUUGAUAAUAUGCAAUGCCAGUGAGGCUCUUGAUUUUGGGAAGUACCACUGCAGAAUCGAGAACAGUAUCGGAGCUAUCCUCAGUCGGGAAGCCUUACUGCAAUUUGCCUAUUUAGGUGCCUUCAGUGGUCGGACGAGAGGUGGUGUAUCUGUGAGGGAAGGUCAGGGAGUGGUGCUUAUGUGUAUGCCUCCUCCACAUUCACCCGAGAUUAUCUACAGCUGGGUGUUCAAUGAGUUUCCCUCAUUCGUGGUCGAGGACAGCCGACGCUUCAUCUCCCAAGAGACAGGCAAUCUGUAUAUCUCCAAAGUGCAGCCCUUAGAUGUGGGAAGCUAUAUCUGUCUGGUUAAGAAUGUGGUGACCAACGCCCGGGUCCUAAGUCCACCGACGCCACUGACACUCAAAACUGAUGGCAUAAUGGGGGAGUACGAGCCAAAAAUCGAGGUUCACUUUCCUCCGACAGUACUCGCUGCCAAAGGAGCGACAGUGCGACUGGAGUGCUUUGCCCUCGGGAACCCUGUCCCAACAAUCACAUGGAGGAAGAUCAGUGGGAACAUUCCCAAAAAGGCUCGACUUCGUAAGUCCCAGGCUGUGCUGGAGAUUACUAACAUCCAGCUGGAGGAUGCUGGCAGUUAUGAGUGUAAAGCGGAUAACUCUAGAGGGGGUACUGCUUUCAGGGGACACCUCCAAGUCUACACCAUGCCCCAGUGGAUCAGCAUGAUCAAUGAUUCACAGCUGGACAGUGGAGAGCAGUUACACUGGGAAUGCAGAGCUGCGGGAAAACCCAGACCAACAUACCACUGGCUACGCAAUGGAGAGCCAUUGAGCCCACAGAGCAGAGUAGAGAUACUAAACGGAGAGCUGAUCAUUCACAAAGUGCAGCAGGCCGACUCAGGCAUGUACCAGUGUGUUGCUGAAAACAAGUACGGAGCCAUCUACUCCAGUGCAGAGCUCAAAAUACUGGCGUCGGCCCCCGUGUUCAGCGACAACACAGCCACUAUCAUCGCCACCAUAGGAAAAGAUGUUUCUCUGGAAUGCAGACCACGAGCUUCACCCAGGCCUAAGAUCACAUGGAAGAAGGGAGACAAAAAAAUCCAAAUCAACAAAAGAAUUAAGCUGCUCCGCAACAAUACACUGCAUAUCAUCAACUCGACACAUGCUGAUGAGGGCAGCUAUGUGUGUCGGGCCGAAAAUCAGUUCGGCUCAGCCGAGAUGACAACCAGGCUGCUGGUGAAAGAGGCCAUGAAGGUGGAACUGAGCCCAAAGCGAGUGGAGGUGACCGUGGGGGAGAGCGUGGUGCUUAGCUGCAAGGCCAUACACGACCCAUCACUUGCCGUUUCCUUCUUCUGGCUGCUCAACAAUCAGCCACUCAACAGCCAGCAAGAAAAUGGUCAUUUUGAGUACAUUCGCACACAGUCUUCUACUAUGGAUCUGAUGAUCAGAAGCAUCCUCCUAAAGCAUGCUGGAAGAUACGGCUGCCGGGUGCAAACAAACGCAGGCUCAGUGCUUGCGGAGGCUGAGCUGCUCGUCAGAGGUCCUCCAGGACCUCCUGGAGUGGUAAUCGUGGAGGAGAUCACAGACACAACAGCUACACUGUCAUGGAGUCACAGUGUAGACAAUCACAGUCCCAUCACUACAUAUAACCUGCAAGCUCGCAGUCCAUUCUCUUUAGGCUGGCAGACAGUGAAGACAGAUCCAGACCCGGUGACUGGAGAUAUGGAGUCUGCCAUGGCCGUGGAGCUUAACCCCUGGGUGGAGUAUGAGUUCCGUGUGGUAGCCACCAACAGAAUUGGCACCGGUGACCCCAGUGUUCCAUCCAGGCCAGUUCGAACUAAAGAAGCAGUUCCAACAAUAGCUCCAGCCAACGUGAGCGGAGGAAACGGGCGCAGACACGAGCUCGUCAUAUCCUGGGAGCCUGUUUCAGAAGAGUUUCAGAAUGGUGAAGGGUUUGGCUACAUUGUGGCUUUUCGCGCCAAUGGGACUCGAGGGUGGAAGGAAAAGAUGGUAACAUCUGCAGACUCGACCACCUAUAAGUACAGAGAUGAGACGUUCCCUCCCCUCACGCCUUUUGAAGUGAAGGUGGGAGUUUACAACAAUAAAGGAGAUGGACCUUUCAGCAAAGUCGUGACUGUGUUCUCUGCUGAAGGGGAGCCACGGGAGGCCCCCACUGAAGUGAAAGCAUCAGCAAUGUCCUUUUCUGAAAUCAAGGUGAUGUGGAAGGCUCCCAAACCUGGGCCCGGAAUACCCCAAGGAUAUGAGGUAAACUACUGGAAAGAAACAGAGCCAGAGGACGCAGCAAAGAAGAAGAAAACAAUUGGAAAUGAGACAGCAAUGCUGCUUUCCGGAUUGGAGGGGAACAUGCCAUACCUAAUCACAGUAAAAGGAUUUAACAGCAUAGGACAGGGCCCGCCAAGUACCGCCAUCAAAGCAAGAACAAGGAAGAACCCUCCCAGCCAACCACCAAGCAAUGUAAUGUGGAUUCAGGAAGGCAACAAUGUGUCACUAUCCUGGGAUCCAGUAAAAGCCAAAGACAAUGAGUCUGAUGUUAUUGGCUAUAAGGUAUUAUUGCGCCAGGAAGGACGAGGUCACAGUCAGGUCAUGAGAACCCCGAACUCUGCCGCUGUACUUACGCUUCCUGAAGGAGGCACUUACAUCAUUGAAGUAUGUGCAAUCAGUGAAGGAGGUGAAGGAGCAGCCAGCUCUCAAAUCAGAGUGCUUACCUCUUCAGGUGUAAGAGCGAAAAGUGGACAGCCUUCUGUACAUAAUCUGCCAUCGAGCAUUACAUGGACCCCUGUUCUUCUAAUAGUCCUGAUGGGACCAACUUCUCCGUGGUGAGGCUGUUCACCAACUUUCCACCACUACGGUGGAAACAGACUCUGCCUGUGUCACACGUAUCACACAGACUGCCUUCGUCAGCCUGAACCAUCUCCAGGACGUAGACUGGACAUUGGGACCAGUCAAAUGCACUGCUUCUUUUCUCAAACUGGAACCAUCUACAUUUUUACUAUCCCUUCUUUCUUCUGUUUUUUUUUCUUUGAAAACCGUUAUAGUAUUGUGCAUUGUGCAUAGACAGUUAUUUUAUUACACAAACUGCUAAGAGCUAACUACAUUUUCUUUAGAUUACAGUCUACUAGCCUCCACGGGGCUUAUGAAAAACUGGGAAGAGCAGCAUUGACUCUAAAUCCCUGUUUACUUGUCUUCAUCCCUUUAACCCUUGGCUGUGUAACAACCAUCACGGUUAAAGCUCAGCAUAGAUAAGUGCAUUGUUUUUUAUUUAUUCUAGAAGAGACAGCUAAGAAGUAAAAGAUAAGAAAAUAAAACUUUUUAUAGUGCUGAGAGUCUUUCCAGACCUCCUUUUUGUACAUUAUGGUAUCUUAAAAGUGAUGUAAGUCAGUCAGUGGCACAAAGGUUUAAUUUAUUUAUUGAUUGAUUGAUUUAUUGCUAUGUUGUGUGUAUGUGUCUGUUUCUGACACACAAGAAAGGCUGCUAAGGUUCUCAGUUCUUGUCUUUAAGUUAUGCUCGAGGACUUUGGUUCACACCUAUUGCCAAAUACUUUAUUAGUCAAAAAGAAAGUGGAUGAAAGAAAGAAAAUCUAUGGCAAGUUGAAGUGAUAGCUGAAAUAAA